UCUGUUCCCCCCUCACCCUACCCAGGCUCUCUGCUUAGCCUGGCUCUUUCCUUCCCCUGCCUAGCUUUCCUUUGCCCCACCGUCCCCAGACCCCCCUCUGCAAUGCUGCCGCAUUGGCAGCUCCAAAUUCUGCAACACCUGAAAAUCUUUCUUCAUUUUUGUUAAAUCUUCAAGAAGACCAACCUGAGGAUUAUACAAAUCAGACAACAAGAGUGGAAAUGGAAUAAUUCAAUUGACUAGGACACUUUUUACAGAUAAGUGGAUGCUGAUUGGAUUCCUACUGAAGCUGUGAUUGUCCAUUCACUUCUGCAUGAGGAGGCUUUGCCCCCAACUCAAAGGACUAUAACUGAAAUUGUCUGCAUAUCACCAUGGCUGAAGGAGCCUCCUCCGCAGCCGGUGGGUCCAAUGCAGCAGCUGCAGCACAGCCGAGCUCGCUCAAGUCCGCAGGUCUGGGGUUCCUCAGGAAGCUCAAAGUGUCUGCAGAGCUGCUGAUUGCCCUGGCUGCUCUCCUGUCCUGGCUGGUGGUGGGAGUGGUGAUGUUUGACUUUGUGGAGUACAAGGCCGUCCCCGACAUUCAGCAAAUUGUUACCGACCCCGUGCAAGCUGUAAACGACGCUGUUGAUGAAGUAUCCAGUCUGCUCAAUAAGUUUCAAGAAUGUGCACCUGAUUUAAGUGACCCCAUGUCCGUCGCCACCUACGCAGCAGAGGAAAUAUCGGAAGCAAAAGAUGGAGUUGUUCGAUAUUUUUCAGAUGAGGAAGGGAACUUCUACCUCAGCUAUGUGGACCCUGUGGUCAUUGGGAGACAAGCUUUCCAUUCAACGAAUGACUUCAUGGGUGGAGUUGUGGGCACCUUCAGGGACAGACUGUGUGCUAUAGUGGACACUGUAUUGGGCACUAUAUCGGGUAUAAAUAAAGGAAAAGUUGACCUUAGCUACAUAGACCCUGUGGUCAUAGGCAGAAAUGUCUUCAGUGUUACAAAUGAGUACAUGUGUGGAGUGGGGCGCUACAUCCAGGGUGUGCUUUGUGCCAUUUUGGACACAUUUCUGGAUGUAGUGAAAGGAGCUGUGGAUAUCAGCUACAUGGACCCUGUGGUAGUUGGCAGAAGUGCCUUCAGUACCACUAAUGAGUAUGUCAAUGGAAUAGUGGGCUCCAUCCGGGACGUGCUCUGUGGCACCAUAGACAGUAUACUGGAAAUAACCAAAGGAACCACUGACAUUAGCUUCAUUGACCCUGUGGUUGCUGGCAGAAAUGCCAUCAGUGCUAUUAACGACUUUGUGAGUGGGAUAGCAGGAUACAUCCAGAAUGUUUUCUGUACUAUCUUUGAUGUAAUACUGGACACAGUAAAAGAUAUCCAGAACGCUGUGGGAUUCAGCCCCAUGUCAGCUCUGAAGAGAACAGCAGAAACCGCCACAGAGCAGAUUAACAUGCUCGUGAGCUACGUCUCCACAACGCUGACUGGUGACCAAGGGAUCUUACCUGAAGUGUCCAUUGACCCCAUGAAAGUUGUGGAAGACGCUGUGUUGGAGUUCACAGACAAGAAAGAUCUGUUCGUGGCCUACAUGUCCAGUAUGCUUGUUGGUGAACAAGGUGAACCUGUUGCUCCUCCAGUUGUAAAUGUUGUAACUGAAAAAGGUUUCACUUUUUAGUAGUUUUAAUUUACCUAAAAGCAUCUUACCUGCAAAACACAUCUGAUUCUGACUGAUUCUGAUUCUCUUUGUUUGGAUGAAACUGUAGCUCCCCCAGCUGAUAUACC